GACCAAGGUGGGCCCGGCGGUGGCGCCGCGUUCCCCCGUGUCGCUGCCGGGGGCCGCGGGCCCCGCCGCCGGCCGCAGGAUGCCGCUGGGGCUGAAGCCCACGUGCAGCGUGUGCCGCAGCACGUCCUCCUCCAUGUGGAAGAAGGGCGGGCAGGGCGAGAUCCUGUGCAACAACUGCACGGCCCGCUCCGCCCCGCCGGGGCCCGCCGCCUUCGCCACCACCUCGACCGCCGCGCAGCACAGCAACGGCAGCGGCGGGGGCGGCGGCGGCGGGAAGCAGAGCAAGCAGGAGAUCCACCGGCGGUCCGCGCGGCUGAGGAACACCAAGUACAAGUCCGCGCCCGCCGCCGAGAAGAAGGUUUCCACGAAGGGCAAAGGCAGGAGGCACAUCUUCAAGCUGAAGAACCCCAUCAAGGCCCCUGAAUCCGUAUCCACCAUCAUUACCGCAGACUCGAUCUUCUAUAAGGGUGUGUACUACCAAAUUGGAGAUGUUGUUUCGGUAGUUGAUGAGCAGGAUGGUAAAACAUACUAUGCCCAGAUCCGUGGGUUUAUUCAGGACCAAUACUGUGAAAAGAGUGCUGCGCUAACAUGGCUCAUUCCUACGCAAGCCAGCCCCAAAGACUGCUUUGACCCCGCAUCCUAUAUCAUAGGACCAGAAGAAGAUCUCCCAAGGAAAAUGGAAUAUUUGGAAUUUGUUUGUCACGCACCUUCAGAAUAUUUCAAAUCUCGAUCAUCUCCCUUCCCUACUGUUCCUACAAGGCCAGAGAAGGGAUAUAUAUGGACUCAUGUAGGACCUACCCCUGCAAUCUCCAUUAAAGAAACUGUUACCAAUAAUUUAUAAUUUUUUAAAGGAACACUUUGGACCAGUUACUUUCAAUAUAUCCUCAGGUCUGCAUAUCCCAUAUGUUUAAAAAAAGUUUUAAAAAAAGGUUAAAAAAAAAAAAAAGGAUAAAAUGUUCUGUUUACUUCAUGGAUUUAUGUAUUUAUUUUAAAAUACAUCUCAUCUUUAAAACUGAAGUUGUUUCCUUUUCCCCAUGUUAUAUUUUGUAGUCAUUGCUGAUCAUUUUGGGAAAACCCACAGUUCAUAUCCGCUUCUACUUGGAUGAGCAAAUCAAUUGACUUCUGAACAUUGACUUUAGCAUUCUUAUUUUCCAGUUUCGCAGAAAAUGAGUUACAGGGUGUACUUCAAAUUGUGCAGCCCCUUAGAUGCCUUUUUCAUGGAAUCACAGAACAUCCCAAGUUGGAAGGGACCCACAAGGGUCAUCAAAUCCAACUCCUGGCUCCACACAGCACCACCCAAAAAUCAAAUCACGUAUCUGGGAGCUCUGUCCAAGCACUCCUUGAACUCCAGCAGCCUGGGGCUGCGCCCACUGCCUGUGCAGCCCGUUCCCUGCCCACCACCCUCUGGUGCAGACCUUUCCCUGACCCCCAGCUGCCCUCCCCUGACGCAGCUCCAUGCCGUUCCCUUGGGUCCUGUUGCUGUCACACAGAGCAGAGCUCAGCGCUGCCCCUCCACUCCCUGUGAGGAGCUGCAGCUGCUGUGAGGACCCCUCAGCUCCUCUGCUCUGGGCUGAGCAAACCCGGGGACCUCAGCUGCUCCUCAUACAUCUUGCCUUCUGGACUCCAUGUAGGCCUCUUUGUACCCCUUCUUUGGACACUUAAACAGUUUCCUUAUGCUGUGGCACCCAAACUGUGCCCAGUGCUGGAGGAGAGGCCGCACAGCUCAGGGCAGAGCAGCACAACCUCUCCCUUUGCCCAGUGGCAGUGCUGGGCCUGCAGCACCCAGGCUAUGGUUGGCCCUCCUGGCUGCUGGGCACACUGCUGGCUCAUUUUCAGCUUGCUGUCAACCAAGCUUAAUUUGGUUAAUUGUGACAGCAAUUUUUCUUUAUUUCUUAAAUAAACUCAUAAAUAUCCAAAAUAAAUUCAUAAACAAAC